UACUCUAAUUUACACUGUUUUGAUUCUAGGUUAACUUAUGUUUACUCCAGGAUCAAAUCACCACUUAAUUUUGUUUUAAAACAAAAUCAAUAUACAAAACUAAUUCAAAACACGUUUUAUCGUAGUUCGUGUAGAAUAUGUAAUUUAUAAUACAUGACACAAGUUUAAUUCAAUUAAAAUAACGCUAAAGUAUCAGAAAACAAAUUAUGGAUCGAAACAAACCAGCCCUGGGGACUCGCGGCCCCAAAAGUAAAAUUACGCAGCAACCACCCGAUUUAUUUAUUGCUUUAGGGGCGAAAGCAGGAAGCAGCCGAGAUUCAGACCCCAAAAGAAAUGUUCCAAUACUUCCAAAAAGCACGCAGAUUUCUUCACCAAACAGCAAAGUUCCACCUCCUGAUAGAAAACGUGAAAACUCUUCAACAAGUCUUGGAAGUGGACCACCUUCAAAGAAACUAAAAGUUUUAAGCCGACCGCCAACAGGUGUGCCUGGACCUAGCAUGAGCACAAUUUUAUCAAAUGAUAGAAUAGCUUCACCUGGAGUAGAACCAUGGGAAGCUGCAGCAAUUGAAAUAGAAGCAGUGGAAUUGUUUGCUGCUGUUGUGGAUGCUCUGAAAGUGAGCAACAAUGAUAAGGCAGUAGGUUUAAUUCUCGGCGGAAUCCGCAAUCUUCGCUCAACGCAACGUUUCAAACCAUGCAAAGUUUCAUACAACGCCAUUUUGUUAAUCUGCCAGAUUCGGCCAUCUUUAUUCGCUCAUGAUUUGAUUGUUCAGGGAUUAAUGAGUUCGCUGAAACGCGACGUUUCUGGAGGAAUGAAAGCCAACAACAAAGGGAAUCAAUAUAAUCAAAUAAUAUUUAUUAAUAUUUUAUUAUACGCGUUUGCGGAUGUUGCAAACUGGCCGGAAACGUUUUUACGCAUGUAUGCAGAAGAUGCAGUCGGCGAUCGAAUUUGGAUCGACAAUAUUUAUUGCAAACCUUUCGUUGAUAAUAUAACAGCCGCUUUCAACACAAAACAACCUCCUAGGUCAAUGCUACAGCCUGAAUCAUGGGUGCUACCUUCCGGAAGAGACACAGGAAGUCCUUUAACGAUUACUUCGAACGAUGAUGAUGAAGCUACAGCGGAACAUCGUCAAAUGGUUGAAUCUUGGAAUAUUAAAGUCUUCAAUCGUUACACACACAUUCCGCAAGAAAUCGAACAUCUUAUUCUGGAAGUUAUUCAAGAACAAAUCACACGUCGUCAACAACCUGAAGCAAUCACUAAGAAUUUCGUACGUUUACUGUCAACCACUAGCGGAAUGGUUGAAAUCCGCAUAAUUGCAGUGGCACGUUUGGAAACAUGGGUACACAAUCAUAAACUAAUGAAACCCGCACAGGAACUUCUCGCAUACUUGUGUUACAAUUGUUCUGCGAGUACACAACGUGAUUUGGAGGUGGUCGUUCAACUGAGCAAGCUGCGUCUUAAAAACAAACCGAUGGUAAUAUUCUUCAACUAUUGCCUGAGAGAAAUGGUCAUAGCAUUUCCCGAAAAUCUUUAUCCGUUGCUAAAAUACACAAUUUUCAACGAGCUAUCAAAUGCAAGAAACAGCAAUAAUUUGUUUGUCGUUGCCGCCAUGUUCCAAGUUGAACCGGAAGCCAGUGCGGACGCAUUUGCAGACAUUUGCUUAGAGCUGCUCUUGAAUAAAGACGAUUAUCUACGCUCAUUACGCGCACUUUUCAAAGAAAUCAACCGCGUAUUAAAGCAUGACUUUAAUUUACCCACUGUGGUACAUUCUUUGCUCAGAGAACGCAAAGAUAUGGAGAAAAUCAUUCGUGAAUCCGAAGUUAAGGAUAGAUUAUUUGUUUCUUUGACGGAUUUGGUCGCAAUGUGUAUGUUACUGUGUGUUACACCACAAGUACGCGAUGCUGCUACACAAAGUAAGCGAGAUUUUACUGUUUUGCACGCGUUUCAAACACAAGUGAGCAAUAUUCAACGCGAAGCUGUCACAUGGUUGCAUGAUUGGGGAUUUAAGGUUUUCCGACCUUCCGCAAUGGAUUGUCAACACUCUUUGUUGAAAUUAGUGUUGUUAGAACAACCAGAGCAUUACUAUAAAGUUGAUUCAUGGCCGGGUGAAAACGAAAGGAUUUUAUUUCUACGACUUGCUAGUGAAGUUCCAUUAUUGCAAGCUACACUGCUGAGGAUUUUAUUGAUUGGAAUAUCUAAAGAGAAUCCUAUCAAUCCAAAUGAUGUGAUUGAAAUCGCUGAGCAGUUAAUACGAAGAGUCAGUAAUAUUGCGCCGUUAGAAAUGGACAAGAUUGAGAUUAUUGAUUUCUUCUUUAAUCUCUGUAGUUAUAACUACCCGGAGAAUAUAGCUCUGCCAGUAGGUUAUGUUCCGCCUAAAUUGGCGAUUUCUACACUUUAUUGGAAGGUCUGGAUGAUGUUAUUGAUACUUGCUGCGCAUAAUCCGGUUACUUUUGGGAGUUUAGCAUGGGAAAAGUAUCCCACGCUGAGAAUGUUUAUGGAAAUGUGUAUUACAAAUUUCUUCGCGUAUCCUCCACCAACAAUGAUAACCGGCGAUGGCUCCUAUGACUACAUCCUCAAGGAUCAACAGAUUCUUUCAAUCGAAAGGCAGACAAUCCUGGAAUUCGAGACGCAUCUUGCUGCCGGCAGUACCAAAGCAGAGAUUACUGAACAGAGCAGUCUUUUACUUCCACAAUUAAUGGAACUGAAUCCUUCGAGUCCUGCGCGUCAACCUCCGCCACACCUUCUUGAACAGUUAAACAAUCUGAACUCAACGCUUAAAUUAGGACAUCUUUUAUGUAAGUCACGACAACCUGAUUUUCUUCUUGAUAUUAUGACUCGACACGGCGGUACUGCGCAUAUGCCUUGGUUGGCUGAACUUGUACAUAGUUCAGGAUCCUUAGCGCAUCUACCAGUACAAUGUUUAUGUGAAUACCUGCUUUCGACUGGCCCAACUGAAAAAUUAACCAAACACACGCAACUUUUGGCGCAUUUGCGAAGAGUUGUAAAUGGCCCGGAUGCCAGUAUGGCUUGUGAAGUUUUAGAAUAUCUUCUAAGGAGACUCACUUCUUUGCAUGCAUCUAGUAGAGCUCCUGCAAUUCGAGGUUUGACUAUGAUACUAUCGCCUGGAGAAGAUAUCGAUCAGAAUUCAGCGAGUAUUGGCAAAACUGUUUGGUUGACACAGUAUAUUCUACAAUUUCCACAUCUGCCUAGUAUUCGCCAAACAUUGAUACCGUACCUGAGACAAGCGACUUUACUUGAGACCAACCCAACCCAUGUUGCAAACUAUAUUGGAUUUUUAGCUGAGCAUGGAUUAGAUGAUUCCCUGCCGGAAUUAUUCGAGAUGGUGUUUGAUCUUGCGACAUUAAUCAUCGAACGUAAUAGUAUAACGCACUAUAUUCUUCCAGGAGAGAAUAAUGAUACAGUAAAAGCGUUGAUUUCUGUAUUUUGGGUGUAUUUGCAAAAAGCGCGGGAAUCUUCCGAUUCUUUUUAUUUAUCUGAGAAUCAAGAUCAUGUGCUAGUCACAUGGGCGAAUGGAGAACAAUGCACUCUCCCGACUUUGACUAUUCACGCAUCAAUUAUUUUACUUACAUACGGACCGAUUGAAAAAUUCGAAGCAUUUGAUGGUAUGUUAGAUCUAUGGUUUCCUGUCAAUGAAGAACACCCAAAGGCGAGUCUGAUUGAUUUAUCCGAAGAAGUAAUAAUGGCACCCGAUUGGUUAAAAUUAAGAAUGAUUCGUUCGAAUGUCCCGAGACUACUUGAUGCUGCAGUGGAGAAACUCGAAGCACCACAGUUAGUUCUCUUUAUUCAAUCUUUUGGUAUACCUGUGGUUUCUAUCAGUAAGCUGUUGAAAGUGCUGGAUAGAGUCACAGUAACCAAUCCGAACCUGGUGAUUGAUUCUGUCCUUGAUAAAAACUAUAUGAUUCAAUUAGUUGAUGUUCAGAACAGACGUGGGGCGCUUGGAGGAAAAAUUUUCGUUAAAGCUUUGGAAAUGCAAACGCCACAAUUGUACGAAGAAGAUAUGCACGUUGAUUUUGAAUCGAGGAAAAUGGCUCCGAGUACUGUAACGAAAAAGUCUGAGAAACAUUCACCAAACGAACUUGUUACAGCUGUGAAAAAGAUAUUUUAUCCGAAAUAUGCGAGUGAUUCAAGUGAACAAAUCAAUUUUGUGUGCAAAAUUUUAACUACCGGAAAAGACAAAGAAGUUUCUGAAGUUAUUGAUGUCAUUCAGAAAAUGGCCGCUAAAGAUUUAGAGGAAGCUCUGAAUAACUGGGCAGUGCAGACAGUUCUGAAGUGUUUGAUGACAAAGAAAUACUUGAACGAACGCACUUGUAAGCUUGGAGAAUAUCUGUUAACAAUCUUGAAACAGAAUCAGAACUCAAAUCCAUUGAUCAAUGUAAUAAAGCAAUUUUUAUCAGAAUAUCAGGAAUCAUCUAAAAUGGAUGUUUCCACAUCGAUUGACGAUAUAUCUGGGAAGCUAUCUGAUACUUUGCUAGAUAACUCGAGGGCAUUGGCUAAACAGAUAAGCAAUAUGCUGAUUAACAAAGAAAAUGUUGAGAAAACUGGUUUACUUGUCGAUUGGUUGGCUACAGUUGAAUUGGAAAUGGCUAACGUGGAUUCCAACAAAGUACAAAUGGAAUUACUCUUCGCCAACCAACAAUUAUCGUUCAGGCCGCUUUUGACUUCAAUUGUACUGCAGCGAGCAAGUUGGAAAACGCUUAAUAACGUGAUUGACUAUCUACUUAUCCCUGAUAAUGUUUCUAAAAACUGUCCAUCGUCUGUAUUGGACUUUUUAACUGCUUUAACACAAUGCCCACGAUUAUGGCAAGGUCGGGAUAAGUCAGUGCCAAAACAUUUCAAAUCCGAAGAUGUGUUACAUUUGAAUAACAAGAGAAUUUUGACUGUAAUUGACUACAUUCUUGAAGAAUACCACUUGGAAAUGGAUGAUAUUGACAAAAUGGCGGAGAAAACAAUGGAACGCCGACUAUCAUUGAUUAUAAUAGCGAUGAAUAAUUCGGAUACAACUGAACAAGUUGUAAAGAAACUAGUGGGUUUGGAGCAUCAACAAAGCGCAAUGGAUUUGUUAUUGAUGUUGUACAUGAAUUUACCACGAGUUGUAAGUUAUUUAAGUAACAGACAAUUUGCAAGUUUCCGCUUUGCCAAAACCAGCCGCAGUGCAUUGGAUUUGAUCUCUCAUACGAUUCUAAGCGCUUUGACUGCUAAUACACGUGUGAGGGAUAAGGAAUGGACUGCAAAGAGUCACGAUUUGGAACUUUGUGCAAGAAAACUAGCGGCUACACAUCCGGAUUUAGUUUUAAGACAAUUACCAAUGCUGGCUGCUUGUCUGCGUGGGAGAGCGUUAUAUGACUGGAAUGUUUUACGAAGUCGCGGUCAUUUUCUUCUAUUCGGGCAGAUUAUUGGACUUAUGGAGUUGUUACAACCGUCGAUCUAUCAAGAAACAGAGACACUUUGUGCUCUACUGGAUUCUUUCAUUGAUUUAUUAAAAUAUCACGGGCAUAAUAAGGAGUUAAAUAAUAUUGUUCCAAGAAUUGUGACAUUCUUACAAAACUGGAUGAUGCAGGAUAUGCAAAGCUCGUUGAAAUAUCUACAGAAAUACGGUUAUGUUCUUUGUGAUCUUGAAAUGUCUCAUCCAUGCGUGCGUCCACUUCUAUCGAGUAUCUCGUUGCCGUUGACUCCGGAAGCAGGCGGCAGUGAAAUAUUGGUAGGCGCACCAACUCCACCCAUUAUUCAACCGCCGCCACCCAAUUGGCAGUCAUUAAUCGCAGGAAUACAAAGCACCGAUCCUCUGACAGCGCUUCAAGAGGUAGAACAUUUGACUGUCAAACGCCCGCAUCUGCUGGAGACAAUCGCGCAGAACCUCUACCACUGUAUCGGUUCUCGCAAUGGACAAGUUCGAGUGGUUUCCAUUAAACUGAUGUCGCGAUAUUUAAAAUACAACCCGAAGGCAAGCAGCGACGCAUUACCAUCAGUUUUAGCUUGUUUGGACAGCAGGGACGCCGAUGUGGUGGAUUCCAUUCUGGAACGUCUACCAGAACUCAUAAUCGUGAUGCAGGAAUAUGCCAAAGCUAUUCUUACAAGAGUUUAUCAAUUGGGCAUUCAAAGCAAUUUGAAUGCUUGCACAAAUGUUGGAAAAUGUAUAGCGAGUUUGUGUCUUCAGCAAGGAUGCUAAACAUUUGAUUUAUUUCGAUUUUAAGGUUUAUAAAAACCUACCAAACAAUAAUGUAUUAUCUUUGAUUGACCCUGGUAUUAUUUGCAAGAUUUAAAUACAGGUGCAAAAAUUGCACAAGCUCAUAACAAGAAAAA